AGGAAGUUGAUAAGAGGUGGGAGAGCGCAGAGAAACGCCCUAAGACGAGGGGCCCUGUGGAGACGCCAACAAGUCAACGGAGCAGUCCACAGAAAUCCCCGAACCCUCUUCCUAGUCCACGGAGUUGUCCAAAGAGCUCUUUGCGUAGAGACUGCAGCCUCAAGGGCUCUCACCAUGGCUGGGUUGAAAACAGCCAGUGGGGAAUACAUUGAUGACUCUUGGGAGCUCAGAGCCUUUGUGGAAGAGCUGGGACCCGAAGCUGACCCAGUCACCCUCCGGGUCACCGGCAACAUGCAUAUCGGCGGCAUAAUGCUGCAGAUUGUGGAUAAGUUAAAACUUCAGAGGGACUGGUCAGAUCAUGCCCUGUGGUGGGAGCAGAAGAAACUUUGGCUGCUGAAGACCAACUGGAGCCUGGAUAAAUACGGGAUCUUGGCUGAUGCCAAACUUCAGUUCACUCCCCAGCACAAGCCUAUACUGCUUUCCCUACCAAAUCGCUGCAAAGUCAGGAUCCGGGCGAACUUUGCCCAGCCAGUCUUCCGCACAGUUGCCGACCUCUGCAAGAUACUUGGUAUCCGUCACUACGAAGAACUGUCGUUACUGCGUGCGCGGGAGGAGAAGGAGAAGCGGAAGCAGAAGGACAAAGAGAGGAGCUCUGUAGCAAGCCAUGACCUGACUGGGGUGCGCUUGCCAGCAAGUGCAGAGCAGCAGAUGUUCCGCGGCAUGCCAGCUCACUUCUCGGACAGUGCCGAAACCGAGGCCUGCUACAGGAUGCUGUCGGUCAGUCAGACUGGACUGACACCCGAUCAGAUCUUGCAGAUGCACCGGCCAGGCUCCCUCUCCGAGAAGACACAGAUCAACAGCAGGUGGCUGGACUCGUCGCGGACUUUGCUGCAGCAGGAAGUGAAAGAAAACGAUUGUUUGUGGCUACGUUUCAAAUAUUACAGCUUCUUUGACCUGGAGCCCAAGUACGAUGCCGUGAGGAUCAACCAGCUGUAUGAACAGGCGCGUUGGGCCGUGCUACUAGAGGAGACAGAUUGCACCGAGGAAGAGAUGGUGGUGUUUGCGGCUCUGCAGUAUCAUAUCAACGAAUUGUCUUUGAACACCAAUCCUGUGGAACAGUCUGGAGACUCUGGCCUUGACGACCUGGACAAGGCCCUCGCCACCUUGGAAGUCAAACUAGAAGGUUCGUCAGCAGCUCCCAACGUUCUGGACAGUCUCACAGUUAUCCCAGAGUUAAAGGAUUAUCUCCGAAUAUUCAGGCCUCGUAAGCUGACUUUGAAGGGCUACAAGCAGUACUGGGUGAUCUUCAAGGAGACCUCCAUCUCCUACUACAAGAGUCCCGAAGAAGCUCUGGGAGAGCCUGUGCAGCAACUCAGCCUCAAGGGCUGUGAGGUGGUACCGGACGUAAACAUCUCCGGUCAGAAAUUUUGCAUCAAGCUCUUGGUACCUUCCCCCGACGGGAUGAGCGAAGUACACUUGCGAUGUUCGGAUGAGCAGCAAUAUGCCCGCUGGAUGGCAGGUUGUAGGUUGGCAGCGAAGGGGAAGACCAUGGCAGACUCAUCCUACCAGGCCGAGGUGGAGAACAUCCUGUCCUUUCUGAAGCUGCAGCAAACCAACCCGGAUGCCUGCCUUACCCAGCAGGCCGAGGGAGCCCAGUGGCUUGUGUCCCCUCGCUACCAGAAGAAAUUCAAACCGAAGCAGUUAACCCCUCGCAUCCUGGAGGCCUACCAGAACGUGGCCCAGCUGUCGCUCCCCGAUGCCAAGAUGAAGUUUAUUCAAGUUUGGCAGUCGCUCCCUGAUUUUGGCAUCUCUUAUUUUGUAGUCAGGUUCAAGGGCAGCCGGAAGGACGAAAUCUUGGGCAUCGCCAACAACCGCUUGAUCCGCAUUGACCUGGCCGUUGGAGAUGUGGUGAAGACCUGGCGGUUCAGCAAUAUGCGCCAGUGGAACGUCAACUGGGAUAUACGGCAGGUGGCCAUAGAGUUUGAUGAGCACAUCAACGUGGCCUUCAGCUGCAUUUCCGCUGGCUGCAAGAUCGUGCACGAGUACAUAGGCGGGUACAUCUUCUUGUCCACCCGCGCAAAUGACAGGAACCAGACGCUGGAUGAAGAACUCUUCCACAAGCUGACUGGAGGCCAUGAAGCUCUCUGA